AUUAGUUGUAGAUAAAUAGGCUAAGAUGACGUCAAUAAGAAAGUAGACGAGACAAGAUUAUCGAUUACAUAUAAUCGUUAAUCCAAUGGUACUAAGUACUAGAGGGAAGAAUACGAUAGAUACCGCUCUUUUAUAUUGAAGCAUCCGUUCUAUGUCUUUUUGUUUGUUAUUCUAGAGAGUCGUAUAAAAUCAAUCGACCAAAAAAGUACCUUACGUUUAUAUCGAAUAGUUUGGCAUCCUAAAAUAAAAAUUUCGCAUCAAGAACACGUGCUUUUCAAGUAUACAUACGUCACCAGAUUCAUACUACCAUAGAUAAGGCACGAGCAUUGAUUGAUUUUCAUUGUGAACUAUAUAUAUUUUAUUUGAAUAAUGAAAACAAAAAUACGAUAGCAGUAGAAUAAAAAUAUUUUUUCUUUCUAUUACUUUCUUUAAAUAUAAGCACCUAUAUAUAAAUAUAUCACUUUUGUCUGUUUUGAGGGUGUGGGUACACUUCUUCAUUUGGUCCAAACACUGCCACACCCACAUCUUUGAUGAAUAUAAGUCUGUUAUAUAAAAGAUUUAAUUAACAUGGUAUUGGUUUUGUGUUUCAAUCGAUCAUUGUUUGUCACUAUUAAGAAAGCGCUCAAUGGGUAGAAUCGUUAGACAGUAGAAGAAGAAGAAGAAUACUCCACAUUUCGGCUAUCUUGCGAUAUAGGAUGCUGCCCGAGGACUGUUUCAAAAGCCCGAUAUUUUUUCUAAAUCUAUUACUAAAUGUAGCUCUGGACAGAAGAUCGACCUGACUCAGAGUUUUCGUCGCUUAAUUACUAAAGCUUCCCGUACAUACUGACUAACCACAUAUUAGGCACAAGAGCUUUUUAGUUUAUGUCAACGCGUAGUCAGUUUGUUAUCAGAUGGAUGAUCCGAGACAAUGUAGCCGUUAUUGACUUGUCCAAAAUAAUUUUAUGACUAAUAGGGCCGAGGUUUGAACACAGUACCUUAUGGGUAUGUGUCAAUCAUCUUAACGAUUCAGCCAUAGCGGGUUUCGUUAGACACUAACUAAUUAAUAUUGUUAUUUUCUUGAGUUUAAAUAAUUACACAACAUAAAAUGAUAUACUUAAUAUCGAAAUAUGUGACGAAGUACAUGUCAAACUCUUCGUAAUCGAUAACAUUUAUUUGUUAGAAUUGAGUAGCCAGUAUUCUCAUUGAAUAGGUCAUGCAUAUUUUAUAUUUUCUUUAUUAUGUCAGAUUAUUUCCUGUGUAUCCCGACGGUAUCCGAAAUAGACGGAAUCCGCUUUUUCUCCCUUGCCCACACCACGCCCACACCCACAACAAACAGAAGAUAAAUUAGGUACAUUCGAUAUUCUUCGUUCAUGUUAUUCCCGUAUUAAAACUGAAUCAAUAUGUCUUAUUACCUGUGAUCUUUUUGAAAACGUUAACCUUACACCAUUAAUUAACAUGUUUAGAGUAAGAGAUGCAUCUUUAUCUAUGCUUUAACUUAAAAGAACAACAUCAAUAACAACUGGAAAAGAAUCUAUUGUAUAACCUGGAGAAAAAAUUAAAUUCACUACAGGUUAGAAUAUAAUAUAUUUAAAUAAUUUACUUAAUCGUUUAUAUGAAUGUCUUCUCUUUUUGUUUUUAUAUAAAAGAAAUUUGGAAAAUAUUUUCUAUUAUCGAACUAAUUAAAUAAUUAAAUAGAAUAGUCUACCAAUCAAUUGCUUCUUUCUUCUAAAAAAUAUUUUAUUUUUCAUUUUUCUAAUAGAAAAAAUCGAUAAUCAGUCAAUAUCAUCUUUACUCUCAACUUUAAAUUUUCUAGUUUUAUGUCUUUAUUUAAGUCUCGAGUGUCGUUACAGUAAGAGAUUUAAUAGAUUGCAGGCUAACUAAAUAUGUAUGAAUUACAAAAAUAAAUACUUUUGAAUGAUUGAGAAUGACAGAAUCUAUUUUAAAACUCUAAGUUUUUUUUUCAAUUGAAAUGUUUUUGUUUUUUAUAAUCCAUAAUCUUUUAUAUAUAAAUGAUUUGAUCUUAAAUAGAAAAAAAUCGAGUUAUUUGUUUAGUCAGAACAUUAUACCAUUUCGAAAAUUGGUAUGAGGAAAAAUGUAAAAAGUUUCUUUGAAAAAAACUUGAAAAGUAGUUUUAUUUUUAGAUAUUAGUCUUAUCAUAACAAUUCUGAUAAGAAUUUCAGUUUGACUACUGUCAUUUCUAUUCUAGACUAACUUUAGUCAAAAAACAAGGAAGAAAUUCUACUUUAAAACAUCGAAUAUGAAAAUAUAGCUCUGUAUACUUUUCUUAGAAUUACAUUAUGAUGAACUUCAUGAAACUGAAUAAGCGAAAUUUUUGUUAUUCAAACUAAUAUUUGAACGAGGAAUUUGACAAUACAAAACGAAACUUGUUAAAUUCAUAUAUAAGUGAAUUAUUUGAAUUAUUUUUUGAAAUAGUACCUGAAUUUUAUACAGUUGAUCAAUCAACUAAUGCAGUAAUAUUAAUACGAUUAAAAGCUAAUUCAGAUAAAUAUCUUCUAUUAAAACAAAAUAUUCUUGCUAAAUAUCCUCGAACAAGUAUUCGACAAGAUUUGGUUGAUGCUCAUUUAUAUUUAAUAAAAAAAUCUUGUUUGGAUAUUGCUAUUCGUUCAAGUUAUUCAUCAUUUCCUAAACAAUGUCUACCAGAAAUGAUUCAACGAAUGGCAACUGGUCAAUCACUUGAAGAUCUCAUUUCAACAUCUGCUAAUGUAACGAUGGUGAUGAGACAGAAAGCCACUAAUUUAGAUAAUCAUGCUGAUUUAACAAGACUUUCAAAACCAUAUGAUUGUGAUAAUAAACAAAUAAGAGGAGGUUGUUAUUACUUUAUUGAUGAGACACAAAUUUUUCGCGUUAAACAUGUUCUUUCAUAUCUUGAAGCUAAUCGACAAGCAUCAUCACUCAUUUUAUCAUAUACCAAUGAAGAUAUUACAUUUAAAGAUCGAUUAGAACAGAUUCAAAUUACUCCUGCUUGUAUUGUCGGUGAUGGACAUGUUAUUGGAAAGAAAACGACAGUUAAACGAACUAUUAUUGGCAAAAAUUGUCGAAUUAAAAAUGAAUGUAAAAUAGUUAAUUGUGUUUUACUAGAUAAUGUUUAUGUUAAAGAAGGAGUAACUCUGGAAAAUUUCAUAUUAUGUUCUCAUUCAACAAUCGGAUCAAAAUGUGUAAUUCAAAAUUCAAUUGUGUGUUCCAAUCAACAAGUCGAAGCAGACAGAAAAUUGAAUGGUGAAACAAUAUCAGCUAAAAGCGAUGAAUCUGAUAUUUUUGUGGUAUUCAAUGAUGAAUAG